AUUAUCACCAUGCACAAGAUCAGUAUACCGAAUAAUAAUGCAUGGAAGAAGCGCAUAUAGCACGCGCCAAUCAGUCGCGCGCAUGCAGGCAGCAUGCCCACCUUGUUGGAAUGCAGCAAAGUCCGAAAGGCCCCAUGACCGAGUGGCGCCGCCGCAACCCCAACAAAUUUACACGCCGUACAAAACAAAAUCGCACCGAUCUCGAGGCGCACACUCUAUAAUUCCACGUUCCGUGCCCCGCAGACACCAAUAAUUUCCGAGCACGGGCAAACGUGCACGGCUGUACCCAGCUACAUAUACACCGUACCACCUGACGAGCUCAAGUGGCUCAAGGCUCGAGAAGCAGAGUGCGUUCAACGUGGUAUAUAGUGAGAGAGAGACGGUGAUCUUUGCUGAGCCAGCAGCCAUGGCGGGGACGUCGUUGCCGGCGUCGGAGAGGCCGCCGCACGCCGUGAUGAUCCCGUACCCGGCGCAGGGCCACGUGACGCCGAUGCUGAAGCUCGCCAAGCUGCUCCACGCCCGGGGCUUCCACGUCACCUUCGUCAACAACGAGUUCAACCAACGCCGCCUGCAGCGCGCGCAGGGCGGCGGUCCCGGCGCGCUCGACGGCGCGCCCGGAUUCCGCUUCGCCACCAUCGACGACGGCCUCCCUCGCUCGGACCGCGACGCCCAGCAGGACGUCCCUUCGCUGUGCCGCUCCACCAUGACCACCUGCCUCCCCAGGUUCAAGGCGCUCAUCGCCAGGCUCAACGAAGACGCCGAUGGCGCCGCGCCGCCCGUGACAUGCGUCGUCGGCGACAGCACCAUGACCUUCGCCCUCCGCGCUGCUAAGGAGCUCGGCCUCCGCUGCGCCACGCUCUGGACCGCCAGCGCCUGCGGCUUCAUGGGGUACGCCCACUACAAGGACCUUGUCCAACGUGGUCUCUUCCCUCUCAAAGACGAGGCGCAGUUGAGCAAUGGGUACCUGGACACGACAGUGGACUGGAUACCGGGGUUGCCGAAGGACCUGCGGCUGCGGGACUUGCCAAGCUUCGUGCGCAGCACCGACCCGGACGACAUCAUGUUCAACUUCUUCGUCCACGAGACGGCCGGCAUGGCGCAGGCGUCCGGGGUGGUCAUCAACACCUUCGACGAGCUGGACGCGCCGCUGCUGGGCGCCAUGUCGAAGCUCCUGCCGCCGGUCUACACCGUGGGGCCGCUCCAUCUCACGGUGCGGAACAACGUGCCAGCGGAGAGCCCGGUGGCCGGCAUCGACUCCAGCCUCUGGAUUCAGCAGCAGGACGCGCCGCUCCGGUGGCUCGACGGCCGGGCGCCGGGCUCCGUGGUGUACGUCAACUUCGGGAGCAUCACGGUGAUGUCGAACGAGCACCUGCUGGAGUUCGCGUGGGGACUGGCCAACACCGGCUACGCCUUCCUCUGGAACGUGCGGCCGGACCUCGUCCGGGGCGACGAGGCCGCCCUGCCGCCGGAGUUCUCCGCGGCCACGGCGGGGCGGAGCAUGCUGACGACGUGGUGCCCGCAGGAGAAGGUGCUGGAGCACGAGGCCGUGGGGGUGUUCCUCACGCACUCCGGCUGGAACUCCACGCUCGAGAGCAUCUGCGGCGGGGUCCCCAUGGUUUGCUGGCCGUUCUUCGCCGAGCAGCAGACCAACUGCCGGUUCAAGCGCACGGAGUGGGGAAUUGGGGUGGAGGUGCCCGACGAGGUGAGGAGAGACGAGGUGGAGGCCAUGAUACGGGAGGCCAUGGAGGGGGAGAAAGGCCGCGACAUGCGGCGGCGCGUGCUGGAGCUCCGGGACAGCGCGCUGGCCUCGGCCAAGCCUGGCGGCCGCUCCAUGUGCAAUGUUGAUAGGCUCAUUCAGGAAGUGUUGCUUGCUUGAAGCAGCCAUUGUUGAUGUCUUCUGAUAUAAAACCUCAUCUUGGGUUCGUGGCGUAGGCAUGUGCAAUUAAUUGGUGCUUCUUCUAAUGAGGAAAUGCAACUGUUCACU